AUGCAAAGUUUAAUUGAUUCUGCAGAGCUCAUGCUUGAGAGUGGAGGUGAUGAUGGAGAAGUUUUUGAAGAUUUACGAAUUUGGCUCACCAACGAACGAAACUCUCCGGAAUUACUUCCAGGUGGACAACGGCUAGAGAGUAUGAUUCAACGAGCCCGAUCUCGGAUUGAAUUAGAAGAAGACUCUCUUCUGAAUUCCAAUGAAUAUAGUGAGGAAUAUUCGUUGAGAGUUACGGAAUUGAACCGACUGAAAUAUUUGGUUACUAAUUUGAUGAGAACGAGAUUAAUUAAAUUGGAAUUGUUAUGUGAAUAUGUGAGAAGAAAAGAAGUAGAUCAUAUAAAUAAUAUUGGAAAUUUAUCCAUGGUGAAUGAUAGAGAGGAAGAUAUUCAUGCGGCUUUAAAAAUUACAACACCUUCAGAAUGGAAAUUUCUUCAACAGUUUUGUAAAUUAAGGACGACCUAUUUUGAGAAUAGUUUUGUGAAUCAAUUGACAAAUCCUGAUAUGGCUUCAAAAGGUCAAGGAAAAGAUAAUAUAGUACCGUAUAUUGAGCCUGACUGGUUCAAGUUUGUUUUUUGUGAAGUUGUUGAAGACUUGGGCACAGUGACACUUCGGCCUUUUGAUGCUCGGCCUGAAAAUGAAGACGAAGACGAGCUUGAGGUGAAUUUACCAAAGGGAACACGCUCUUUAUUGCAAUACAGAUUGGUGAGAGAUUUACUUUUUGAAGGAAAGGUAAAGCUAAUCUAG